AUGCAACCUCUCACCAGCCUUCUUCACGGAUCCCUCAACCUCAUCCCUCUCCGUCCUAUUCUUCCCAUCAUCAUCGUCGUCCUCCUUCCUCAACUGCGGCGCAGUAACAUUUCCCCUCCCAACCAACCUCAAACUCCCACCGCCCCCAAAAUCACACCAAAUCAUCUCGAACCCCGUAUUCAUCCUCACAACCCCCUCAAACCCCCACCCGGGCCCCCGUAG